UUCUCGCGACGCGUCAGUCCGCCUGCCCGUCCACUCAGUCUCGCUAAGUUACUCUGCACUUGACCUCAUACACGCGCCAUGUUUCGUAACACAUACGACUCCGACAACGUCGUCUUCUCCCCGCAAGGCCGCCUUCACCAGGUCGAAUAUGCGUCCGAAGCCGUGAAGCAGGGUUCUGCGGUGCGAUCGUUGGGCGAGCUCGCUUCGUACCAGCAGAAGAUGUAUCGAAUAGAUGAUCAUGUCGGCAUUGCGAUCGCAGGACUCACGUCGGAUGCCCGUGUACUUAGUAACUUCAUGCGCCAACAAGCAAUGGGCUCACGCAUGCAGUUCAACCGCCCAGUCCCCGUCAACCGUCUCGUAUCUUCAAUCGCCGACAAGGCGCAAGUAAACACACAAGAGUACGGGCGCCGACCGUACGGAGUCGGCUUCCUCGUCAUCGGCCAGGACAAAAACGGCCCGCACCUCUACGAAUUCUCACCGUCCGGCAACUCGUAUGAGUACUACGCCAUGUCGAUCGGCGCGCGCAGCCAGAGCGCGAAGACAUACCUCGAGAAGCACUACGAGAGCUUCGUGGACUGCAACCUCGAAGAGCUCAUCCGACACGGCCUGCACGCGCUCCGCGAGACGCUGCAACAAGACAAAGAGCUGACAAUCAACAACACGACCAUCGGCAUCGUCGGGCAUGCAGGCGCGCACGAGAAGGACGUGCCGCCGGAGGGCUCCUUCCGCAUCCUCGAGGGCGAGCCCAUCCAAGUCUACCUUAGCUCGAUGCAGCCGAAGCGCGCGCCGGAGGAGCCUGCCGCUGCAGCACAGACGGGCGUAGAGGGUCAAGAGGAAGACCCGACACAUGGGGCUGCGGUGGACGAGGAUGUGCAGAUGGGCGAAUGAGCGUGAGUGCCGGUGGAUGGUAUGUAGCGGGAUCGUGGCGCGAUGUGUGCUUGUAUCGUUUCCGGAC